AUUUUACAACUAAAAAUGUUGUCAUCGCUCACCCGUCUCCUGAUUCCUUUUGGAGUACUGAUCAUAGACAAGAACAGAGUGGACGUGUUAGCAAUGGACAGUGAACAGCCGAGAGUCCACGUGCAAGAGGGUGGAUUAAUUGGCGUCAUCGACGAAAAUGUCUACGGCAAGAAGUACAUUGCCUUCCGAGGGAUACCGUAUGCGCAACCACCGGUUGGCGCACUUAGAUUUAAGAAUCCGGUACCAAUGGAACCAUGGACCGGCUACAGAGACGCUUCGAAGUACGGGAAUAUAUGCAUUCAGCAGGAUAUGUUUUCAUCUGAAAUCAUCGGCGACGAGGACUGCCUCUUCCUGAACGUCUACACCACAGACAUGAAACCUCAUAAAAAGCGCAGCGUCAUGGUAUGGAUACAUGGUGGCGGCUAUGUGGUAGGGAUGGGUGAUGAGAGUCUCUAUGGUCCCGACCACAUCGUGCAGAAGGACGUGGUAUUGGUUACACUGAACUAUAGACUGGGAGCUCUCGGUUUUCUCAAUCUCGACGACGAAGUCGCAGCAGGUAACCAAGGAUUGCAAGAUGUGAUAUUGGCGUUACGAUGGGUUCAGAAAAAUAUCGCCGCGUUCGGCGGCGAUCCGAAGGACGUCACCAUCUUUGGUGAAAGCGCUGGUGGCGGAAUAGUGAGUUUACUCACUCUGUCUCCGCUAGCUGAAGGUCUGUUUCAUAAAGCGAUAGCGCAAAGCGGUGUGGCGCUGAACCCUUGGGCCUUGUACGAAUGGUCCAAGCCAACGGAGAACAACGGAUUUCUACUCACUAAGAAGCUCGGAAAGACGACAACAGAUCCCAAAGUCGCGUACGAGUUUCUCAAAACGGUCGAGGCGAGAAAAUUCGUAGAAUAUAUGAAUAGUCUUCCAGAAUUGAAUAACCGGCGAGCUGAUCUACCGUUUGCGCCUACUGUGGACACCAAAUCAGCAAGUCCAGUUUUCCCAGAACAUCCACAGAUAUUGUUGCAACGCAACGGAAUUAAAGUGCCCUUCCUUCUUGGUUGUAAUGGACGCGAAGGCUCUUUUCUCUUACAAGGCAAAUUCUACGGAAAUAUAACCAAGAAGUUGUUUGAAGAAGUUAAUGCUGAUUUCAGCAAAGCCAUACCAUCCAAAUUGUUACCUACUCUACCGGUCACACCGGGAGAAUUAAAGGCCUACUACUUCGGCAAAAAGCCAGUAUCAGAGGAAACUUUUUCGUCUUACGUUGAUUUUGUCGGUGACGCGGUGUUCUAUCAGGGAAUUACGAAGCUAGCGGAUAUACAGUCACAGCGAACUGGCAAACCAACAUACUUCUAUUACUUUACAUAUGACAAUGAAGCAGCUCUCUACAGGAAAAUUCUGAAUGUUGAUAUUCCAGGUACCGUCCAUACUGCGGAGCUGGGUUACCUAUUUCAUCCUCACGUGAUAAAAUAUCUUGGCCUGUCGCCAAUUGCACCUGGUUCGGAGGAUUACAAGAUGAUAAAUCGUUUAGUGCAAAUGUGGACGGAUUUCGCCAAAACAGGGGAUCCGACGCCUGCUAUUACUGAAUUGACUCCGGUUAAGUGGACGCCGUUAAAACCCGGAGAUGUGUUGGAUGUUUUGAAUAUCGACACGAAACCAGAGAUGAAGACAUUCCGUAAAGGAAAGGAACGCUGGAACUGGGAGAAUAUAAAAAACAAGCAAUAAUAUCCAGAUUUCGCCAUUGUUAAGAUUGCUUCUCAGGACAUUUCGCAAUAAACGAUUUAUCAUUUUGUAAUCCUCCGAA